CCAAACAAAAUCAUUUCAAAUUGACAGAUGCAAAAAAAAAAUUGCAAUAACAAAGUGACGAAAUCUUUCUUUAUUAUUAAUAUUAUUAUCAAUCGAUUAUUAUCCCAAUCACGUUCGUAAAAGGGAACGAAAAACGUGACUUGGUUAUCAACACGCAGGAAAAAGCACCGUAAAGACUCAAAGGUAAACACUAAAACGAUGACCAAAUAACAUAAUACAAAGGAAUUUGACGCUGUGUGGGUUAAUAAACGCCGUUCUAUUACGAAAAUACCUCAUUGGUUAUGUUGUCAAAAAAUAAUUUUUAGGUUACUCUAAAAUGCCUUCCUUAAGAAAACGCGUUAGUUCGUAUUUCCGACAACUUUCCUUCAAUAACGAGACUCGAGAUAAACGAUUCAACGUCAAUGAGAACUCUUUUGUAACAAAAUACCUUCAAGGAUUGAUUCGUCUACAAGAAAAUCCUCCAGUUAUCUCUGGAAAAACCCCAACUGAUUUACCCAAUUACGACUUAGGAACAUACAAAAUCGGGCCGGAAUGUAUCGUGGGGUGCCAUACAGGCCCCAAUGGGGGAUUAGCAACUGUUAAAAGAACUGAAAAACACCUUUCAAUAGCAGAGGCUGAAAUCGAUUUUAUUGAUACACAAGAAGAAAAUGUUUCUGUUGAUUUAAAAAAUCGUCCAAGAAAUAGUGCUCCAAUUGAUAAUUCGACGAUGGUUAUUAAAGUGGGGGGUCAAGAGUAUUUUGUUACCAACGCGAAAAAACAUAAAAGUCAUAGUAUGGGGUCACUAUCUGAUUUGAAUUCUGAGGAAACUAUCAAAGAAGUUAAAAAUAAUAACGAAAUUAAAAACUUAAAUGAUGAGAAUAAACCGAGAGUAAAGAAGAAUACAAGGAAGGUUCAUAAAAAAGAGGUUAUGUUAGAAAAACCAAAACAAAAUGAGCUCUCCAAGUCGAAAAGUGAAGGAAAUCCGUUUCAUCACAAAAAAAAAGGGAGGAUUAUCCGUAUUGAAAGGCCAAAUAGUACCGUUUCAGCCGCCUCCGACAUCUCGGAUGCCUCAUCUUUAACAAAACCCGAUCAUUUACUCCCAAUCGAGUGGAAUCGCACCUCCGAACACGUUUACGGUCUUUCCGAUUCAUUAUACGACCGUAAUUUAGUGACGAAAUUAAAAAAUGGUGAUCCCAUCGCCGAUUGUUUUGGGGUUAUUUCAAGAAAGGAUUCCGCGAUUUUAGCCGUUGCUGAUGGAGUUAAUUGGGGUGAAAAAGCUUGUAUAGCAGCGAAAUCGGCAAUCCACGGAAGCCUUCAUUACCUCAACAAAACGAUAUUUAACGAUACAAAACCCUUCGAAUCCCUUAAUAAAUCGGAAACGCCGUUACACGACACCCACAUGACGGAUACGAGAGAUGUUUUUGUGAGUUUGCUCCGCGCGUUUAAUUGCGCCCACGAUUUAAUACUAGAAAACGAAGGAAUGCUUACCACUUUAACCGUCGCAGUUAUUCUCCCGCUCAAAAGCACCCCUGAAAAAGAAACGACAUCAUUUGUGUGUUGUUGUUGCAACGUUGGAGAUACUUUAGCGUACGUUUAUUCGCAAAAACAUGGUGUUAGAGAGAUUACGAAAGGAUCUCACGAUGUUUUGAGUAACCGAGAUAUGCGAGAUGCUUUGGGGGCUUUAGGACCCGUUGAUGGGAUUAACCCCGAAUUGAGUAAUCUCACAUUAUCAGUAACGAAGGUGCAAAAAGGGGAUGUCGUUUUUAUUGCAAGCGAUGGAUUAACAGAUAAUUUUGACCCAAACGUGUGUAAAUUUGCUGUUAACUUAAAUAACUUAAAUAAAGAUGGGAAAUUGAACGAAAAUUCGGUUGGAAAAACGGCUCCAAUUAAGCCGCCAAGAAAACAUUUAGGAAAUUCGACGAGUUCAAACAGGCAAAACGUUUUAAAUCAAAAUAAAAACGUUGUGGACACAAAUUUGGUUAAAAAUUUUAAUCGAACGUUAUCCGUUAAUGAUGAUUCAACGAUUUCAAAUCGGGAAAAAUCGAAUUAUAACUUUUUACGAUCAAAAACAUCAAUUGAUUUGAGAAAACCGACUUUGUCUCAAAAAAAUAUUAUCAUUCAAAGAAAUUCGGAGGGAUUACCGUUUAUAACUCCAAUUCAACGUUACGAUUUAACGUUGUUAUUGAUGGAGGAUAUCUUAAAAAAUGGCAUUUCCGGGCGAGAAAAUCGUUGUGUUACCGCAAAAAAGUUAUGCGAAAGUUUAAUGAGUUUCACAUUAAGUAUUACAGCUGCGAAACGAAGAACUUUAGAAGAUAACGAGUUAUAUUUCGAUAAUCGUAAUGGGGUUAUGGUCGAGGUGUCUAAUUUAGAAAAGAAGGGGAGGAGGAAACGAGCUUUGGAAAGGGUGCAAAAUUUACCUGGGAAAUUAGAUCACGUCACGGUUGUUGCUGUGAAUGUCGGAGAUUUUUCAGCGUUUCGAUAAAAACAAUUAUUUCUUCCAUGAUUAAUGCAACGAUCUCGAAUCAAAUUUUUUUAUGUAAUAUAAUAAUUCCUUAAUAUUUAAGGUUAGAGUAACUUAGUUUAUAACCUGCGUCGUAUUUUUAUAAAUUAAAAAUGUAAUCAUAAUCCAAAAAAAAUUUUAUCUUAAGCUAUGUAAGUGCAAUAAAUAAGCACGAAAAGGUGUUUAUUAAUUAAAA